AUGCUAGAGGACGAGGACCUACCGUUUGGUUGGGAGUUCGACGGCAAGGACGCAAAGUUGAACGACAUCUACGCCGAAGUCAGCACCAGGGGCAUGACGCCGAAUGAGAGAGCUGCGCUCUUGGAGGGCAAGAAGAAGCCCAACGACCCGGACGCACUCGACGGGAAGGUCCCCGCAGCAUCACCUGCAGCAUCGAGAUUAGGACGUCAGUUGGCGAUGCGAUUGGCGGCGAAAAACGGAUGGAGGUUUUGGCCAGCGGACGUGCCUGCAGCAUUCCUUCAUGGGCGACCCCAUGAGCGAGUAUCCCACGCGAAAGCAGUCAAGAGCAAUCUCAAGUUCAGGAAGUGGAUCGAGGACGACAUGGAGCACUGCGGAUUGGCCCUACACAAGACGACUCACUGGAACCUAGAGGAGCCCAACAGCACCGAAACCAACAUCAAGAUGCAAUCGGGCGCCUCCAUACUCAGACCGAUCACGAUCGACCAGAAGAACGGCGACAACGACCGCCCACUCAUGCCCGAGGAGAUUCGACACUUGCGAGGAUUUUCGGAGCGCUUCAGCGGCCGAGUGAACGAGACGCUCAGGUUCUACAAGCAGAAUACGGACGCAGGGCUCAAAAUCAAUAAGAUUAGAAAGGUCAACGACAUAGUUCUGGCGGCAAUGACGGCGGCCCUCAUCUACGACAACGUGAACAUCAACAACGACAUCAGCACCAACUACGCAGGGGAAUCCGCAUUCGCGAUCGACGCCAAGGCGCUGCACGACGCAGCCAAGAAGGAAGGCAUCACCAGCUUCCAGGACAGGCGCACCGGCAUCGAAGUUCUAGCACUACGAGUGCGAAUGAAGGCUACUCAGACGCAGUGGAAGCGGCUUUCCCCGGAGCGUCAAGACGUGGACGGCGCCCAGGACGCAUUCUUAUUAAUGCUGGUGGGCAUGCUAGUAGCUAUUCCAGCGACUUACUACUUGCUACUGAAGCUCGUGGACCAGCAGGACGAUGCCACGAUUCCGAUUCAGAAGUUCGAGAAGACAGCGGGGAAGCAGACGAUCAGCAUCAAUGAGGACAACGAUUACAAGUACCAGGAGAUCCGGCAGCGGACGGUGGGAGAGCCCGCAAUGGCCAGGGAACGCGAGCGCGCCCGCCGCUGGCGGGAGGCCGACCUCUACGGGGCCCUCGGCGUGCCUGUGACGGCCACCAGGGCCGAGGUCACGAGGGGCUUCCGGCGGGCGGCGCUCACCUGCCACCCCGACAAGGUGCCCGAGGCGGAGCGGGCCAGAGCCACCAGGCGCUUCCAGCUGAUCGCCGAGGCGUACGAGGUGCUCUCCGACGACGCGCUGCGGAGGCAGUACGACGCGGCUCGGCCUUCGGGCGCAGGGCAGGCGCGAGCCGAGGCUGGCGCCCCCCGCGGCCAGGGCGGGCCCCGGAGGCCGGCCGGGCCGGCCGCGCGGCAGCCCUGCAACGGCUGCGGCCGCACGCACGCCGUGGCCGAGCUGCGCAAGUGCCCCGCGUUCUGCACCAACGUCAUCUGCCCCAGCUGCUGCCUCUGCGUCGAGUGCGCGCCGCCCGCGCGCACCGCGGGGCCCCCGCCGGGCGGCCGGGCGGGGCCCCCGCCAGCCGCACCAGCGCCUGCGGCGGCACCUGUACCGCGGGAGCCCGAGGCGAGGUGCGCGGGGUGCGACGGCCAGUGCCCGGCCAGCGCCCUGAAGAGCUGCGCGGGCUGCCCCAAGCAGGUCUGCGGCCGCUGCGAGCUCUGCUGGGACUGCACCCCUGAGUCCCUAGGCGAGCCGCUGGGCAUGCGCGGCAUCCUGCUGCAGAUGUCGUUUGCGGAGUGGGAGGUAGACGCGGCCAUGCAGAGGUGCUCCAGCGUGGAGGCGGCGGUGGAGUUCCUCAUGUCGGAGGAGCACAGGCGCGCCUGCGAGGGCGGUUGGCUGCAGCCCGUGGCCGCCGGCGCCGCCGCCGCCGUCGGGCAGGUGGCGCAGCUGGGGUCGCAGCUUCGCGCCUGGCUGCGGCCGGACGCCCCUGGCGGCGCGGCCCCCAGCCUUGGCGACGACCCCUGCCACCUGCGGCUGGAGGCUUCGCCUGGGCUCGCCGCUCGCCUGCGGGAGCUCGGCUUCUCGGAGCAGCAGGCGGAGGCCGCGGCCCUGCGCUGCUCGUCGGUGGAGGCCGCGGUGGACUGGCUCGCGUCCAACGCGGCCUGA